AAGACGACGUUCCACUCUGUGCUACUCCCUCUGGCAUGCGGCUAGGAUAGUGCGUUUUCUCGAGCUCGUCGUGUGGCCGAGGGGGCGCGGAGACGCUAGGAGAGAGACCGCCCGUACGCGUCCUCGCCCCGUCGCGCAAGUGGCGUAUUUGCGGGACAGGUGCGUGUCCGCUUUUGGUAACCGCAUGCCCAUAUGCGGCAUUUCUCGACUUGUGAGGGUCGGACGUGGUUUGGAUCCCAAUGCCAUCCGUGUCGAGCCAUCCUGCACCCGAUGUCAUCGGACAAAGGACACGUCCAGGACAUGACGCUUGCAACGGCUUCCUCGACCGCUGCCCGUCAGACUACUGCCGCGAUGGAGCAUCAUGCGACAUACUGCUGUCCGUUGGUGCGCUAGAGCCUUUCCUCAGGAUGGUGAAGCCUCGUCUAGGCGUUCUCGUUACAGUCGCUCCUUACCCGACCAGCGGCAAUAGGCUUCCAGGAAGGUAAGCUUUCAAGGCAAGUGCACGCCCUAUAGCAGGCGAAUGGGAAGCCCGUUCUGGAUGUAAUGCGAUUCUAAGGUUCAACUUGGUGAAGUCGUGUCUUCCUGCUUCGUCGGCGGACUCCUCGGCGUCCGAGGUAUAAAAUGUCUCAACCACCACACCGCGAUUCUCCUGACUCCCGCUAGCCUCCACUGUCGUUCGUUGAACACACCCGCCCCUUAGGCCACACCCACUGUCACUAUGUUUGCUCGCAUCACCAUCGUCUCUGCCGUUCUCGGCCUUGCUGUUCUGACACUGGCCAUCCCAAGCCCUUCAGGCUGGUCUGAUCAAUCUCUAACAGCCGAGUGCAACACUGGCGGCGUUCAGUGCUGCAACACAAUUGAGAGCUCGGAGUCGGAGAGCGUGAGCAGCGUGCUCGCCCAGCAGGGCUUCAUUCUCCAAGGGCAAAAUAUCCCUAUCGGGCUUAACUGCGACACUUUCGCCACCGAUAGUGUGGGCUCCAAUUGUGCCACUCAGCCUGUGUGCUGCGACAAAACUUUGGUGGGCGGUUUCGGGAUCAACUGUAACCCUAUCAACUUCGUCCUCUGAGCGGUGGAGUGGUCACUCAGAAGAAAUCGGUCGAUACAGACACAGUUUCUUUCACACAAGCACUAUAUUGUAAUACACACCUGUCUUUACCCUU